AUGGGAACGUUCCGGUCAAGGGUGAUGCAGGCAGGCCCCAGGCCUGGGGGCAGUGCGGUCUUAUGCCUGGCCGUGGGCUUGAACCGCCACCUCCGCAGCCUGACCAAUUGCUUCAUCGUGUCUCUGGCCAUCACCGACCUGCUCCUCGGCCUCCCGGUGCUCCCCUUCUUGGCCAUCUACCAGCUGUCCUGCAGGUGGAGCUUCGGCAAGGUCUUCUGCAAUAUCUACAUCAGCCUGGACGUGAUGCUGUGCACGGCCUCCAUCCUCAACCUCUUCAUGAUCAGCAUCGACCGGUACUGCGCCGUCACGGACCCGCUGCGGUACCCUGUGCUCGUCACCCCCGGCCGGGUCACCAUCUCGCUGGUCUCCAUCUGGGUCAUCUCCAUCACCCUGUCCUUCCUUUCCAUCCACCUGGGCUGGAACAGCAGGAACACGACCAGCGAGGGCCACCACACCAGCCCCAAGUGCAAAUUCCAGGUCAAUGAGGUGUAUGGGUUGGUGGACGGCCUGGUCACCUUCUACCUGCCUCUGCUGAUCAUGUGUGUCACCUACUACCGCAUCUUCAAGAUCGCCCGGGAGCAGGCCAGGAGGAUCAACCACAUCAGCUCCUGGCAGGCAGCCACCAUCAGGGAGCACAAAGAAGGUCACCGGCAGCAUUUGUGGGAACCUAUGACUCCCGGUCCCAGCCAGUUCACGCUAACGCGGAUACCGCGACUACGAACCGGCGCACAUCACGUGCUGACUGCACAGCGGGUCUGCGGCUCUGAGCAUGCUGCCCGUGUCAGCUUUCCCACGAUUUUGUGA